AAGAGGACCCCCUUAGUCACCUGAUCCCACCCCCUCCCGUUUCCCUCUCUCUCUCCCCGCGCUUCUCUGUUGCUAACUUGCUAUGGUCCAGACCAGGGAGAGCUAGAAUAUAGUUUUAUAAUCCUACUCCUGUCAGAGCUCUCGACUCCACUCGAUCGGCCGAUCUCCGAUUGGGGGAAUUCGGUGAUCUCCUAAACAACAAUGGCGGAUUCUCGUGGCGAAGGAGGAGGGUGCUGCCCUCCCAUGGAUCUCUUUCGGUCCGAGGAGAUGCACUUGGUUCAGCUCAUUAUCCCUAUCGAGUCCGCUCAUCUCACCGUCUCCUAUCUCGGCGACCUCGGCCUCAUUCAGUUCAAAGACCUCAAUUCUGAGAAGAGCCCCUUUCAAAGAACUUAUGCUGCUCAGAUUAAAAAAUGCGGAGAGAUGGCUCGGAAGUUGCGCUUCUUCAAGGAGCAAAUGGAGAAGGCAGGUGUUGAGCCGUCGAAGAUACCUGACCCCCAAGCUGACAUCAACAUGGAUGACUUAGAGUUCAAACUUGGGGAACUUGAGGCAGAGCUGGUUGAAGUGAAUGCAAAUGACGAAAAAUUGCAGCGUGCUUAUAAUGAACUUGUGGAAUAUACACUUGUCCUCCGGAAGGUUACCUUGCUCCUCCUUCUAUCUCCAGGAUCUGCAGGUGAAUUUUUUUCUUCAGCUCAUAUCAGUGCAGCUGCGCAUCAGAGGGAAAUUGGAUCUCGUCAAUCUGGGGAAGGAUCAUUAGAGACCCCCUUAUUGGACCAGGAAAUAUCAGCUGAUUCAUCAAAGCAAGUGAAGCUGGGGUUUAUCACUGGCUUAGUUUCCAAAGAAAAGUCAUUGGCAUUUGAGAGGAUUAUCUUUCGUGCUACAAGGGGAAAUGUAUUCCUCAAGCAGGCUGCUAUUGAGGAACCUGUCACUGAUCCUGUUUCUGGAGAGAAGGUGGAGAAGAACGUUUUUGUUAUUUUCUAUUCCGGAGAAAGAGCAAAGACUAAAAUACUGAAAAUAUGUGACGCCUUUGGUGCUAAUCGUUAUCCUUUCUCAGAGGAUGCGAACAAGCAAGGCCAAAUGAUUACCCAGGUCUCAGGAAGGCUGACAGAGAUGAAGACCACCAUAGAUGCUGGUUCGCUUCAGAGAAACAGUUUGCUGAAGACAAUUGGAGAAAGAUACGAGCAGUGGAACUCAUUGGUAGUUAAGAAGGAAAAAUCCGUCUAUCAUGUUCUAAACACGCUCAGUCUUGAUGUGACUAAAAAAUGUCUUGUUGGUGAAGGAUGGAGUCCUGUGUUUGCCAGUAAGCAGAUCCAGGAUGCCUUGCACCGGGCUUCAAUUGAUUCAAAUUCUCAGGUUGGAUCCAUUUUCCAGCUCUUGGAUACAAAGGAAGCACCACCUACUUACUUCCAAACUAACAAAUUCACUUCUGCCUUCCAAGAAAUUGUUAGUGCGUAUGGGGUGGCAAAGUAUCGGGAGGCAAAUCCAGCAGUAUACACUAUUGUCACAUUCCCCUUUCUGUUUGCAGUCAUGUUUGGUGAUUGGGGUCAUGGAAUAUGCUUGUUGCUUGCAACAUUAGUGUUGGUAGCAAGGGAAAAGAAACUUUCCAGCCAGAAACUUGGAGAUAUCACGGCAAUGGCAUUUGGUGGUCGUUAUACUAUAUUGAUGAUGUCACUGUUCUCCAUUUACACUGUACUUCUCUUGGACCUUCUGAUAAUUGCUUAUGUAGGAUUAUUGAAAAUCUUACCGAGUAUAUAUACAAGUGCCUGGUAUGAUAUACUAUUGUGCUCAUUUCCCAGGGAUUCCACUACAAUUGGGCUGAUCAAGGUGCGCGAUACUUACCCAUUUGGUGUGGACCCAGCAUGGCAUGGUACACGCAGUGAGCUUCCCUUUCUCAAUUCACUGAAAAUGAAAAUGUCAAUCCUUCUUGGGGUUGCCCAGAUGAAUCUCGGGAUCAUAAUGAGUUACGUCAAUGCAAUCUACUUUAAAAGUAGCUUAAACAUCUGGUUUCAAUUCAUUCCCCAGAUGAUAUUCUUUAAUAGUUUGUUCGGGUACUUAUCUGUUCUCAUCAUCAUGAAGUGGGUAUCUGGUUCUCAAGCAGACUUAUAUCACGUCAUGAUAUACAUGUUUCUGAGUCCAACUGACGAGCUAGGUGAAAACCAACUUUUCCCAGGACAAAAAAAUACUCAGAUGGUUUUACUGUUGUUGGCCCUUGUCGCUGUGCCGUGGAUGCUCUUCCCGAAGCCUUUUCUUUUGAAGAGGGAGUACGAGAAGACACACCAAGGCCAAUCAUAUGCUCCACUUCCUAGCACUGAUGAAUCUGCUGAGUUGGAAGCAGCCCAUGAUGGUUCACAUGGUGGUCACGGGGAAUUCGAAUUCAGUGAAGUCUUUGUUCAUCAGAUGAUCCACACGAUCGAGUUUGUUCUUGGAGCAGUCUCCAACACAGCUUCUUACCUUCGAUUAUGGGCUCUCAGUCUUGCACACUCGGAACUGUCCAGUGUAUUCUACGAGAAAGUCUUGCUUCUCGCCUGGGGGUUCAACAAUGUUUUUAUCCUGAUCAUCGGCAUCAUUGUCUUCGUCUUUGCAACUGUCGGCGUGUUGCUAGUGAUGGAAACUUUGAGCGCUUUCCUCCAUGCCCUUCGUCUCCACUGGGUCGAGUUCCAGAACAAGUUCUACGAGGGAGACGGUUACAGCUUCAUCCCCUUCUCAUUCGCUUUAAUAGAUUUCGAAGAGGAGUAAAUCAAUCAUUCGGCUGGAAAUCUGAUCUGCCAUCUGCCUAGUGUGCUUGUUGUUUAGAGGCCGAGUAGCGAAUUUUAAGUUAAAUUCGCAGUGUGCAUAGAGCAUGGGAUUUGUGAAACUGAGUUUUUCUGCAUUUAGUAUCUGUAACGACGAGAAGGUGAUUGAUUAUUAUGGAGAUUGGGGAUCUUGCUGGAGUAGGUCCCAAGAAAGAGAGUUAGCUUCCUUCUUUUUGCUCUCUCGAUCAGUAAGCAGAUUUGAACAGGAGAAUGAGAGAUGUGGGUUUUGUAUGCAACCAUGGCGAGGAGGAAGUAUUAGCAGUUCCAUUGCCACGUGUAAUAAUUAAUAAAUAAAUAGGGUUAUGAAUACUUUAUUUCAUUUCCUUCCUACCUUUUUUUAUGCUCAUGUAUUGUAAGGUCAAGUCUACUUUCAGAUGUUCCUGCAUUCAUAGUAAGUUGCUAUCAGUAAAUCAUUUGUUUUCAUUGUUUGUC